GCCUUCGUGCGUCUCUCUAAACUCUCGUCUUGGCCUUGUUGAAAGUGCAUUGACAAUCAAGGACAAUCAACCAACAAAACAUCUCUAAUAGAAAUCCCGCUCACUCUCCUUUUUAAAAUACCAGCGCCGACUCUUCGACUCCUCCUUAAGUAUCAACCCAACACUACCAAUCAUUUUCACACUUUUCCCGAUGAUUCACGAUUAAGAGGCGAUGCGAAUCUUGUGAGAAGCCUCCCAGCCUCACUCACUCUUCUCGACGCGCGCAUCGUCAACUCUUCGAGCAAACAACGACAUGGAUAAAAUGUCAGACUCGACGCCUGAUGGCACUUCGCCUCGGACCUUUGCGCUCAACCACCUGAGACCCCGAUCAAGUUUCAAGGGAUGCUCCCGCAUUUCCGACUAUGAAUUGCUGGGCAAGCUGGGAGAGGGAACCUUUGGUGAGGUUCACCGUGCCCGCUUGCGCAAGACCGGCACACUCGUCGCCUUGAAAAAGAUUAUCAUGCAUCAUGAAAAGGAUGGCUUUCCCAUCACCGCCCUUCGCGAGAUCAAGCUUCUCAAGCUCUUAUCACACAAGAACAUCCUGAGACUCGAGGAUAUGGCCAUCGAGCAUCCAACCAGACAGACCGAUAAGCGUAAAAAGCCCAUCGUAUACAUGGCCACUCCCUACAUGGAUCACGAUCUUUCCGGUCUCCUCGAUAAUCCGUCGGUUCAUUUCAAGGAGCCUCAAAUCAAGUGCUACAUGCUGCAACUGCUCGAGGGCCUGCGAUAUCUCCACGACAGCCACAUUCUGCACCGAGAUAUGAAAGCUGCCAACCUGCUCAUCAACAACCAAGGUAUCCUACAAAUUGCCGAUUUCGGUCUCGCCCGACACUACGACGGAGAUGUUCCACAGGCUGGACAAGCCUAUGGUCCAGGAAAGCGAGACUAUACUGGUCUGGUGGUCACUAGAUGGUACCGACCACCUGAGCUUUUGCUACAACUACGACAAUACACCCCCGCUAUUGACGUCUGGGGAGUAGGCUGUGUGUUUGGCGAGAUGCUCUUCGGAAAGCCCAUUUUGGCCGGCGAAAGUGAUGCGCAUCAGCUGGACAUGAUCUGGGACUUGAUGGGAUCCCCCAAUGAGGACAACAUGCCUGGGUGGAAGCAGUUGCCUGGUGCCGAUCAUCUGUCCCCACGGCCACGAACAGGCAAUCUCCAGAACAGAUUCAGAGAGUACGGCUCAGGAGCAGUCUCACUACUAAAAGAGCUUCUUAAGCUGGACUGGCGGACACGAAUCAACGCAGUGGAUGCCUUGCAACACCCAUGGUUCAAGAUGGCGCCUCUACCGCUAGAGCCCCACGAGAUCCCCGUUUAUGAGGAAAGCCACGAGCUGGAUCGAAGAAAGUUCCACGAUCGCAAGGCUGCAUUGCCCCCUGCCCCCAAGGGUGGGACUGUAGGUAUCGGCCCAGAUGCGAAGGGAGCCACAGCGGGCUUUAACAGCAACGAGCCUUAUGGAAAUGGCCGUAAUGGUGUGAACGGGGGCAGAUACCGUAAUGGACCAGAUGAAAGGCGUCCCGCUUGGCAACGAGAUCGAGGUGCUGGGUUACCGCCACGGCCACCUCCCAACGACGACACGGACUAUCGUGAGCGAGGACCCCCUCGCGGUAGAGGAGCGCCUGGGCCAAGGGUCCCCCCAGAUGUCGACACGUACAUUCCCGCCUAUAAUCGGGAUGAUCCAGGUCGACGGAGGGACGAUCGCCCUCCUCCACCACCCAGAGAUGAUCGUCGGCGCCGCAACAGCAGAGAAGAUCGACGCUACGAUAGAGAACGUGGCACCAUCAGCCGCAGUAGGUCGCCCAGGCACGAUCGAUCAAGAGACCGAGACAGGCCAGACCGUGAUAGGCCAGACCGCGAUGUGUACCGGAGAUAGGAUCAAACGUCAGCGAUACCGCCUCGCGAGUACACAGGCCACAAACGAGUGCAAGACCCAGGACCACCUCCAGGAGGGAUGAGAUUAGGACAUGGACAGUACAGGCGUUUGAAGACGAACAACCGAGAUUAAUCACAUGUCGAUUCGGGCAUAGCAGGACAUGGCGCAACGGAUUGAUACGACCAAAUAAACAAGUAAGCAGGAAGAAGAAUAUCCUUGGAAAGGCCGAAUGUCUAGCAUUACUACAUGAGCGGCGCAUGGUAUCAGAGGAUUUUAGCAGGUUGAUCCUCCCGUCUAAGAACAUAUAAUAUGGGAUUAUCCAUAGCGUAGAAGUUUGCAGCUGAGUUUCGAUGUACUAUAGCGCUUAUACACGAUCA